GUGAAGAAAGAAAAAAAGGUUAAGGGAAGAAAAACAAGACCGGCGGCGACACGCAACAGAGAGAGAAACUGCAAUGGCCGGCAAACCAGGUGCUGCAGCUCCCACAUAUUCGCCGUCGACCGGUCAACGGAGGAAGAGGCCCACCAUUCAAACCGGCUCUGAAUGGGCCCGGCCCGACGGCCGCGGCCUCCACCAGUGCCGCCCUGCAUUUUUGAAGACCGGGGCGGUGAAUUCUGCCUCGGGUUCUGCUUAUGCAGAGUUUGGAAACACCAAGGUCAUCGUAUCUGUCUUUGGUCCAAGGGAAAGUAAGAAAGCUAUGAUGUACAGUAAUUCUGGGCGGUUGAAUUGUAAUGUCAGUUAUACAACUUUUGCUUCUCCCGUUCGUGGUCAGACUCCGGAAACUAAGGAUCUUUCGUCAAUGCUUCACAAAGCUCUGGAGGGUGCCAUUAUACUGAAAUCUUUCCCUAAGACUACUGUUGAUGUGUUUGCUCUGGUAUUAGAAUCUGGAGGAAGUGAUCUUCCGGUAAUCACGUCUUGUGCCAGUCUUGCUCUUGCAGAUGCUGGCAUCAUGUUGUAUGACAUGGUUGCCUCUGUCUCUGUGUCAUGUAUUGGGAAGAAUCUUCUGAUCGACCCCGUAUCAGAAGAAGAAGUCCAUCAAGAUGGUGCUCUUAUGAUCACUUGCAUGCCAUCACGUAAUGAGGUCACGCAGAUGACUGUCACCGGAGAGUGGUCAACAACGAAGAUAAAUGAGGCAAUGCAGUUGUGCCUCGAUGCUUGUUCGAAGCUGGGGAAGAUCAUGAGAUCGUGUCUGAAAGAAGCCGCUUCUGCUCCACAGGAUUAGGCACUCUUCCUCAUCGUACAGAAGAUUAUACUAAAAAUAUUUCAUUUUCAACAUCAAUUUUGCUGCUGUUUUUUUUGGGGUCCCAUUUAUACUUCUAUCAGCAUCCAAAUUUUUAUUAUUUUUCUCAAACCAGAAAUUUUGAUGA